AUGGCGGAUAAGCCCAUCAACUUCUCCGAGCAUGUUCAGCUCACCAACGUCGGCAUCGCGGCCGAGAGCAUCUCGUUUGCCAACGUCACCCUCGAGUCCGAAAACUUUGUUUGCGUUCGUGAAAACAUCAACGGUCAAAACUCGGUCGUUAUCGUCAACCUCAACGAUAUCAGCGAUGUCAUGAGGAGACCCAUCACCGCCGACUCGGCCAUCAUGAACCCUGUCCAGAAAAUCAUUGCCCUCAAGUCGGCGCGGCAAUUGCAGAUCUUCAACAUCGAAGCCAAGUCCAAGGUCAAGUCGCAUCUCAUGCAAGAAGACGUCACCUUUUGGAAAUGGAUCAGCAAUACCACCCUCGGUAUCGUUACUGAAAAUGCAGUAUACCACUGGUCCAUGGAAGGCGAAGCCACUCCAGCAAAGGUCUUUGAUCGUCACGUCAGCUUGCAAGGUACACAGAUCAUCAACUACCGCGCAAGUCAAGACGAAAAGUGGCUCGUCCUCGUCGGAAUCUCGGGCAACACCUCUGGCGCUCCCAACGCCUUCCGUGUCAAGGGUUCCAUGCAGCUCUACUCGCGCGAUCGAGGCGUCUCGCAGCCCAUCGAGGGUCACGCCGCUGCCUUUGCAGAGCUCAAGUCUGACGCUGCUCCCAGCCCCUUCAAGCUUUUCACCUUUGCCAACCGAACCGCCACCGGUGCCAAGCUCCACGUCGUCGAGAUUGACCACCAGAAUGGCCAGCCCGCAUUCACCAAGAAGGCCGUCGACGUCUUCUUCCCACCAGAGGCCACCAACGACUUCCCAGUCGCCAUGCAGGUCAGCAAACGCUACGGCAUUGUCUAUCUCGUCACAAAGUAUGGCUUCAUCCACCUCUACGACCUCGAAACCGGCGCCUGCAUCUACAUGAACCGCAUCUCGGGCGACACCAUCUUUGUCACUGCAGAGCACGAGUCCACCAGCGGCAUCAUCGGCAUUAACAGAAAGGGUCAGGUCCUCUCUGUCUCAGUCGAUGAAAACACCGUCAUCCCUUACAUUCUGCGCACCCUCAAUAACUCGGAGCUUGCCUUCAAGCUUGCCUCCCGUGGUGAUCUUCCAGGUGCCGACGAUCUCUACCUCCAGCAAUUCCACUCGCUCUUCUCCACAGGCCAGUAUGGCGAGGCUGCCAAGAUCGCCGCCAACUCGCCACGCGGCAUCCUUCGAACCUCGCAGACCAUCGAGCAAUUCAAGCAGGUCCCCAACCAGCCCGGUACGCUCUCGCCCAUCCUUCAGUACUUUGGCAUCCUCCUUGAAAAGGGCUCGCUUAACAAGUUCGAGUCGCUCGAGCUUGCUCGCCCCGUGCUCAACCAGGGCCGCAAGCAUCUGCUCGAAAAAUGGCUCAAGGAGAGUAAGAUCGAAUGUAGCGAGGAGCUCGGUGAUAUUGUACGCCAACAUGACAUGAACCUCGCACUCAGCGUCUAUCUGCGUGCCAACGUGCCCAAUAAGGUGGUCGCCUGCUUUGCUGAGACGGGUCAAUUCGACAAGAUUGUCCUCUACGCCAAAAAAGUCGGCUACACCCCCGACUAUGCCGCUUUGCUCCAGCACAUUGUCCGCACCAACCCCGAAAAGGGUGCCGAGUUUGCCAGCAGCUUGGUCGGCGACGAAUCAGGUCCUCUGGUCGACGUUGAGCGUGUCACCGACAUUUUCAUGAGCCAGAACAUGAUCCAGCAGGCCACCAGCUUCCUCCUUGAUGCGCUCAAGGACAACAAGCCCGAGCAGGCACACCUUCAAACUCGCCUCCUCGAGAUGAACCUCGUCAACGCUCCUCAGGUCGCCGAUGCCAUCCUCGGAAACGAAAUGUUCACGCAUUACGACCGUCCGCGCAUUGCCAACCUCUGCGAGAAGGCUGGUCUGCUUCAGCGUGCCCUCGAGCACUACGAGGACAAUGCCGACAUCAAGCGCGUUGUUGUGCACACCAACCUUCUCCAGGCCGAGUGGCUCGUAAACUACUUUGGCAAAUUGACCGUUGAGCAGUCGCUCGAGUGUCUCCGCGAGAUGCUCAAGGUCAACAUCCGCCAGAAUCUCCAGGUGGUUGUCCAGAUCGCCACAAAGUACUCUGACCUGCUUGGACCCGUCAAGCUCAUCGAGAUGUUCGAGUCAUUCAAGUCGUUCGAGGGCUUGUACUACUACCUUGGCUCCGUCGUCAACCUGUCCACCGACCCUGAGGUGCACUUCAAAUACAUCCAGGCUGCCACGCGCACCGGCCAGAUCCGCGAAGUCGAGCGUAUCUGCCGAGAGUCCAACUACUACAACCCUGAGAAGGUCAAGAACUUCCUCAAGGAGGCCAAGCUCUCGGACCAGCUGCCGCUCAUCAUUGUCUGCGAUCGAUUCGACUUUGUCCACGACCUCGUCCUCUACCUCUACCAAAACAUGCUCAUCAACUUUAUCGAGGUCUACGUGCAGCGUGUCAACUCUUCGCGCACACCCCAGGUCAUUGGAGGUCUGCUCGAUGUCGACUGCGAUGAGGGGGUCAUCAAGAACCUGCUCCAGUCAGUCUCCGGCCCUAUCCCUGUCGACGAGCUCGUCGAAGAGGUCGAGAAGCGCAACCGUCUGAAGCUCAUCCUUCCCUGGCUCCAGUCCAAGAUCGAAGCCGGCUCGCAGGACCAGCCCCUGUACAACGCCAUGGCCAAGAUCGCCAUCGACAGCAACAACAACCCCGAGGCUUUCUUGAAGGAGAACAACCUGUACGACCCUCGUGUUGUCGGAAAGUACUGCGAGAAACGCGACCCUUACCUCGCCUACAUUGCUUACGCCAAGGGUUUCUGCGAUGACGAGCUCAUCUCGAUCACCAACGACAACUCGAUGUUUAAGCACCAGGCUCGCUACCUCGUCAAGCGACGUCAGCUGGAUCUCUGGGCCCAGGUGCUCACCUCGGACAACGUUCACCGCCGUCAGCUCAUCGAGCAGGUGGUCUCGACCGCUGUCCCCGAGUCGACCAAUCCGGAUGACGUUUCGGCUACUGUCAAGGCCUUCAUGGCUGCCGACCUGCCUCAUGAGCUCAUCGAGCUGCUCGAAAAGAUCAUCCUUGAGCCCUCGGCAUUCAGCGACAAUCGCAGUCUGCAGAACCUGCUCCUUCUCACCGCUGUGCGCACCGACAAGGGCAAGGUCAUGAACUACAUCGACCGUCUCGAUGGCUAUGACGUCGAUGAGAUUGCCAAGAUCGCCAUCGACCACGGCCUUUAUGAGGAGGCCUUCCGCAUUCACUCCAAGGCUGAGCAGCACGAGGAGGCCAUGAACGUCCUCGUUGAACACGUCGUGUCGAUCGAGCGGGGACAGCAGUACGCCAACAAGCUUAAUAAGCCCGCCAUCUGGUCGCGUCUUGGUAAGGCUCAGCUCGACGGACUGCGUGUCAAGGAUGCCAUUGACUCGUACGUCAAGGCUGAGGACCCUUCGAACUACGAAGAGGUUAUCGAGAUUGCCGAGCACGCCGGUCGCGAGGAGGAGCUUAUUCGCUACCUGCAGAUGGCGCGUAAGAAGGCCCGUGAGCCCAAGAUCGACACCGAGUAUGCCUACUGCCUCGCCAAGGCCAACCGUCUUGGCGACAUGGAGGAGUUCCUCGGCAUGACCAACGUCGCCGACAUCUUGAGUGUCGGUGAAAAGUGCUUUAACGAUGAGUUGUACGAGGCUGCUAAGCUCUUGUUCACCAGCGUAUCCAACUAUGCGCGUCUCGCCACGACGCUCGUCUACCUUGGCGACUACCAGGGCGCCGUGGAUGCGGCUCGCAAGGCGGGCAACACGAGCGUGUGGAAGCAGGUACAUGCUGCGUGUCUCAGCAAGCGUGAGUUCAAGCUUUCGCAAAUCGCCGGUCUGGCUAUUAUCCCUCACGCCGAGGAGCUGCCUGGUCUGAUUCGAUCGUACGAGGCCGAGGGCUUGUUUGACGAGUUGCUCACCUUGCUCGAGCAGGCGCUGGGUCUCGAGCGUGCACACAUGGGUGUUUUCACGCAGACCGGUGUCGCACUCGCCAAGUACCGCCCGGAACGUCUUAUGGAGCACCUCAAGCUGUAUUGGUCGCGCUCGAACCUGCCGCAGCUCAUCAAGGUGGCCGAGCAGUGUCAUUUGUGGUCAGAGCUCGUCUACCUUUACACAAAGUACGACGAGAUGGACAACGCGGCACUUGCCACCAUGGAGCACGCCGCUGCUGCGUGGGAACACGAUCAGUUCAAAGCCAUUCUGCCCAAGGUGGCCAACGUCGAGAUCUACUACCGUGCGCUGACGUUCUACUUGGAGCAGCACCCGUUGUUGCUUAACGAUCUGCUCACCGUAUUGGCCAAGAGGAUCGACCACAGCAGGGUGGUGCGUAUGUUCAAGAAGAAGGACAAUGACAACGUACCGCUCAUACGGGGCUACCUCAUGUCGGUGCAGCAUCACAAUCUGGAAGCUGUCAACGAUGCGUACAACGACGUGUUGAUCGAGGAGGAAGACUACGAGACGUUGCGAUCGUCGAUUGAUGGAUAUGACAACUUUGACACGAUCUCGCUGGCGUCUCGCUUGGAGAAGCACGAUCUGCUCGAAUUCCGUCGAUUGGCGGCUCAUCUGUACAAGAAGAACGAACGGUGGAACGAGUCGAUUGCGCUCUCCAAGACGGAUAAGCUGUUUCGCGAUGCGAUUGAGACGGCAGCGAUUUCGGGCGAUCAAGCAGUGGCGGAAGAGUUGCUCGAGUACUUUGUCGAGAUCGGCAACAAGGAGUGCUAUGCUGCGACCUUGUUUGCAUGCUAUGAUCUCGUGCGUCCGGAUGUGGUGAUGGAGUUAUCCUGGCGACACGGCCUCGGCGAUUUCACCAUGCCGUACCAGCUGCAGAGCAUGCGCGACCAAAGCGAGCGCGUGAAAAAACUCGAAGCCGACCUCAGCGAGAGGGCUCGACUCGAUUCCGAGAAGCAGAAGCAAGACGACGCUCCGAUCAUCGCACCUGGCGGACUCGGCGCACCCAAGCUCAUCACCGCAGCCGUCACCGGCCUCGCCCCCGCUGCCUACCCGAACAACCUCAAUGGUGGCAUGUACAUGCAGCCCACCGGCAUGUUCUAA